AUGGGUCCUGAGACAGUGAUAAACUCAUUGCGCCAGCAAAUUACGUCAUGUGAAUCACAGCUCCAGGAUCUGAAGCGGCAGCUCGCCGAAGCUGAAUAUCAAAGCCAGCAACAGCGGUCCAACCUGCAGUCAGAGCAAAGCGAACACUGCGCACCAUACCCACUCGCUUACGACUUUUCCCAUGGAGUUCAUGAUGAUUUUAGAGCCGAGAUUCUGGCUGCGCUGUCACAACCCGAAGAGUCAAUUCCUUCUCCAAAACGUUGGCCGUUAGAUCCGAACGAGUACAAGCGUUAUGGAAGACAGUUGAUCAUGCCUGAGAUCGGCCUUCAAGGUCAGCUCCGUUUGAAAGGUGCCUCUGUACUGAUCGUUGGUGUCGGCGGGCUGGGUUGUCCAGCAGCCGCUUACUUGGUCGGCGCAGGCGUUGGCACAGUAGGACUCGUUGAUGGGGAUACUGUCGAGGAAUCCAACCUUCACCGCCAGAUACUGCAUUCCGCCGCAAGAGUCAACAUGCCUAAAGUGGAAAGCGCCAUGAUCGCAUUGCAUUCACUCAACCCCAACGUUGAUAUGGUACCGCACCAUGGUCGACUUACACCCGAGACAGCCGUCUCUACAUUUCAGCCGUAUGAUCUGGUUUUAGACUGCACUGAUACUCCAGCUUCGCGCUAUUUGGUCUCUGACACAUGUGUCCUGCUUGGAAAACCCCUAGUCUCAGCUUCGGCCCUUCGAACCGACGGUCAGUUGAUGGUCCUGAAUUACCCACCUCGUCCCCCAGGGGACACAGCUGGCGGCCCAUGCUACCGAUGCGUCUUCCCAAAGCCACCACCACCAGAAUCAGUCGUCUCUUGCGGAGAUGGCGGUAUACUCGGUCCAGUUGUGGGUACCAUGGGUGUACUACAAGCCCUAGAGACCAUCAAAAUUUUGACGAGGGGACCAUCUGCCUUAUCAGAUGGAUUGGCGUCACCGGACCCUCCGUCUUUGCUCAUAUUCUCUGCUUACGCCAACCCAAUGUUUCGAACUAUCCGUUUGCGAACGCGGAAGCCAAAGUGUGCUGUCUGUUCCACACACGCAACAAUAACACCCGAAGUCCUCAACUCUGGAAGUCUGGACUAUGUACAGUUCUGUGGCACAAUCAAUCCCAUAGAUGUGCUAAGCUCCAAUGAGCGCAUAUCCGCAGAGAACUACGCUAAAAUCCGACUGGAUGUAAAUCCAUUCACUGGACUGGAACCAAGCAAAGACAGUCACAUCUUGCUCGACGUCCGUGAGAAGGUCCAGUUCGAAAUUUGCAGUCUUGAAGGGAGCGUCAAUAUACCCUUCUCAACCAUCUCCAGCACUCCCGCUGACGACUGCAAGGGAACAGCGACUGAGACAGGUCUAGAAUCAGGUUGGGUGUCAGAGUUGAGGCAACAUACCGAUAAGCCGAUAUUCGUUGUGUGCAGAUUGGGCAAUGACUCCCAGAUUACCGUCAAGAAGAUGAAAGAGCUUGGGCUUGACAAUGGAGGUCAGAGAUGGAUUGGCGAUAUUCGAGGUGGGCUACGAGCCUGGAGACACAAUGUGGAUAGGGAUUUCCCGGAUUACUGA